CGUGGGGAAGCGCUGGGUUUACGUCACCAUUAGCAAUUGCUUAGAAUCGUCAAGCUGCCUUAGCUUACCUUAGCCGCGGGGUCUGCGAGUCAACAUUGUAAGCUGCAUUUACAGAUUGGAAGAGUCUUUGGGAGAAUUGCACAAGAAAUUAGCUAGAUAGAUCCACUGCUUUGGGAGUGAUCUUUGGGAAGUGGAUUGCCCGCGCGGUUGAUCGAGUCUCGUGGUAUUGCCUCUGUCCAGCUUAUCCUUAUCAAGAUUGUUUGCGUAUAAUAAGCCCAUCCGCCCACACCCCGCUUCUUCAACUCCAGCUCCGACGACAAAGUGAUUCAUGAACACCGGUACCCCUGCACUCACUCGUCUCGCGAGGUCUCUCACGUCGACGACACGAAGGACACCUCGCUUACAGAUACAUCAAUCCACCCGCGCCUUCUUAUCCGUCUCGAGUUUUGGAGUAGGAAGAAACGUGCCUGUAAAGUACCACACGAGCGCUACGCAGAAAGCAUCAACCAAAAUGGCCGGCAAAGUCACAGACUGGGUGAAGCCCAACGACAAGUCGGGCGAGUUCAAGCGCCAGCAGAGCUCGUUCCGCAACUUCAUCUCGCGCGAGGAGGGGGCCAAGUUUGCGCCUGAAAAGGGGCGGUAUCAUCUCUACGUCAGCUAUGCGUGUCCUUGGGCUUGCCGGACGUUGAUUACGCGCCAACUUAAGGGUCUUGAGGACUUUAUUAGCUAUUCUGUUGUUCAUUGGCACCUCGGCGAGAAGGGCUGGCGCUUCGUCGCAAAAGACGAAAAGGACGUCCCCGGAGCCCACGUCGUCCCCGACCCCGUCCCGGGCCACGAGUCCUACACCCACCUCCGCGACCUCUACUUCGAGUCGGAGCCCGAGUACGACGGCCGCUUCACCGUGCCCGUCCUCUACGACACCAAGCUCAAGACGAUUGUGAGCAACGAGAGCAGCGAGAUCAUCCGCAUGCUCUACACAGAGUUUGACGACCUCAUUGACGAAGAAUUCCGCACCAUCAACCCCUACCCGGAACCCCUCCGCGCCCAAAUAGACGAGGCAAACGAGUGGACGUACGACAAGAUCAACAACGGCGUCUACAAGUCCGGCUUCGCCACCACGCAGGAAGCCUACGAGCGCAACGUCACCGCCCUGUUUGAGGCGCUCGACAAGACAGAGGCGCACCUCCAGACCACGGCGGCCGAGGGGCCGUAUUACUUUGGCAAGGAGAUUACCGAGGCCGAUAUCAGGCUUUACGUGACGAUUAUUCGGUUUGAUCCCGUCUACGUGCAGCACUUCAAGUGCAACAUCCGCGACAUCCGCUCCGGGUACCCCCAUAUCCACAAAUGGAUGCGCAACCUGUACUGGAAUGUGCCGGCCUUCAAGGACACGACCCAGUUCGAGCACAUCAAGUGGCACUACACAAAGAGCCACACCCAGAUCAACCCCUUCUCCAUCAGCCCCGUCGGCCCUCUGCCGCACAUUCUGCCUCUGGACGAAGAGAUGCCGGCCGUUAGCAAAUAGUCACAUGAUAAAAAAGU